AUGGCUUUCAAUUAUGCUAGCAAGCAAAAGAAAAUGGUAGACCAAUCCAUGCUACUAUGCUGCAAGUUCUUUAUAUCAGAAGGACGCAACAUUGCUACUCUUGAUUCAGUUGAACGAGCAGCGAGGUCGAACUCAGAAACAGUCAUUGUCAACAAAUUUCAUGAUAGAACUUACAACAGGGCAAGGUACAACCUUGUAUCGUAUGUUUUGCAUGAUUCCACAGGAAAUGUCAUAUACAGCCCCCUACAUCAAACUGUUGUGGCCAUGGCCGAGGCUGCAUUCAAUGCCAUCAAUCUUGAAUUGCAAGACGGGGCUCACCCCCGUUUAGGUGCAGUUGAUGACAUUGUUUUCCAUCCACUUGCUCGUGCAUCACUGGAUGACGCCGCGUGGUUGGCAAAAGCUGUGGCAGCAGACAUUGGCAACCAGUUCAAUGUACCUGUGUUUCUUUAUGCUGCUGCACACCCAACAGGGAAACAACUUGAUACAAUAAGACGGGAGCUCGGAUAUUACCGACCUAAUUUCAUGGGAAACCAAUGGGCAGGGUGGACUAUUCCUGAUAUCCUACCUCAAACACCAGACAAAGGUCCAAUGGUUGUUUCAAAAUCCAAAGGAAUCUCGACGAUUGGUGCGCAAUCUUGGGUCACACUCUACAACAUACCAAUCUUAUCGAGCGAUAUAUCAGCAGCAAAAAGGAUUGCCAGGAAGGUUAGCACUCGUGGAGGCGGACUUCCUAUGGUGCAAACACUCGGGAUUGUUUGUGCGGAUUCCACUGAAGUAGCUUGCAUGUUGUUGGAGCCUAACCGGAUUGGAGCUGAUAGGGUGCAGAGUUUGGUUGAGAUGUUGGCAGCACAAGAAGGAUUGGAUGUAGAAAAAGGAUACUACACUGACUUAUCUCCAGAAAUGAUAGUAGAACAGUACAUGAACCUAACCUCUGCUAAAAAAACGUCACCGUAG